AUGCAUACUAUCACUCUCGUAUUCGCGAAACAAACUGUCCUUCAACUCUUCGCGAUUUGUGCGCGGAAUAGCCCACGAUGCACUUUUCGCCGUUAUUGUGGGUUUCUCCAUAGCUUUCCAAUGCCUACCAGCCAAUGCAUAGGACAUAUGUUCGUCGAAUUGUUUCGAUUAGUCGCACUAACGGCAGACUCAGACCGCAUUCUAGGGAGUAUUUGCGGCGUUAGAUGUUACAAUCGACGCAUCCACAGCUGCACUAGCUGGUUUCAUCUCUAUGGUCUCAACAUGUCUCUAAUGACCAAAACUCCUAUCAUCAUUGCAUUUUACGCUCGAUUCUUCGGCAUUCUGGCUGGGGAUAUAUGUUCAGUAGCUCCAUUGGAGACUUCAAAUUACUCAUUUAGCAGGGAUAGAAUAAUUACACAGACUCGCGAGGUCCUUAUUGAAGUUAGCAGUCCAGAGCCGGGCUUAGGGAGGUUGUUCUGUGUGGACCAGAUGUAUGGAUGA